AUGAGCUUCACCAACGCCGUCGCUAGCCCGAUCAACUGCGCUAGCAAUAUCGAUGUCGAGAGUCUCAAAGACUGGCCAGGUCAAGACGGCAACGAGUUGGGGCCAGAACACAAUGACGAUACUGAGGACAACGAUAGCAGUGAUACUUCGAGAGUCGUCGAUACUGCGAUAACCUAUGCAAGGGAGUGCUUGCGAAGCGAAAAUUAUAUACAGGCAACACUAGCGUUGCGAAGUGUCUUAGAAAUAUCGAAGCCAACUACGACACCGUACAAGAUGGUGGUGCUCCAGAUUGCGCAGGUUCUAUAUGUUACUCAAGAACUAAAAGCAAGUACUGAUUGCAUGUUGGGCGUUUACCGUGUAAUGCCUCCGCCACUAUCGACAAUAGAUGGAAUCUGUGUCAUCGCUCGGUCGUAUGAACAGCUUCAAUCGAACAGCAUGGCUCGAUUCUGGUGGAAGAAGUUGAAUCCGGCCCUGGGUGUCCCUAUUAGACCUGAUAUUUGUCUUUGGGAAGCUAUGGCUGAUCGCUUGUUCGACGCAGAGCUCUAUGUGUUUGCGGCCGACUUUUACGCCCAAGCAAUGGCCGCCGACGUGGAACAACAAUUCGUACCGUCCAACCGUUUUCGGUAUCGCUACCUUUUUGCGUUGUUAGCGUUCGUUGAGCCUCAAGGGCCUACGCUGUGUACCGAGCAGUAUUCGUUUGGUUAG